AUCGCCCAUUUUUCUCAAUGCCUGAUAGUAUCCUGAGCUUGCUUGGAACACGAAAAUUUUGUUAAAACUCCUGCCAGAGCGAGAUAACAUGAAGCGAAAGUAACUGUGCCUGUUUUCGAAUUCUGGCAAAAUUGUAGACUAAUGUGCACGCUUUUGCAGCGAUCAGCUGUCUACACUCUAGACAAGUCUAGGGUAGGCUCUAGGGCCUCUGUGAUUUUGAUUGCAAACGUAAACACGUACGCGGUACGCUAUUUAAUUUGUCUUUUUUCCCGCACGCGGCGCAUAACGUCAUGUAAAAGGCGCACUAUUUGUGUCGUAGUUGGCUCCGUUGUUCCUGCUGAAUUAAGUACUAGUACGCGUUAGCGCUUAUGAAGUUAUUGUUAUCUGUCAAAUUUACCACGUCCGUUGUUGAUUCCUAAUUCAAGGGCUUUUUAGCUGCACACUAAAAAGGUUUGGUCUGGAUUGUGGUCUGACUGUGAUGCUGUAACGGCCAAAGAUCAUUUCGAGCUUUCUCACACGACCGAAUGGAAGCGCCACGACUUUUGCGGCAUUUUUCCAGACAUGCAGCCUGCAAUGGAGUGUGUCAAUGCGGGUUAUCGUUAUUUCAGGUGUACGGCACAGAUCGAUACCUCGCAAAUCAAUGAUAAACCAUUAACCGGUGGGCUUCUGUAAAAGGAAAGGGAAGCUACUUUACGCUUACUUUGCAAUGAAAGGCAGGCCCAUUUUCAUUAUGCUUGCAGGCCAUCCAGCAUCGCUGCUGUUUUCAAGCUAAGUUUUUGGUAUGGCGGAGGCUGAAGCUGCAACGGUGACCACCAGUCUGCCAGAAAGGCUGCUGCAAUUAAGCCCAGCGCUUCUGCAAGAGAAUGAUGUUGAGUUUUUAGAAAAGUUUGACUUGAGUACAUUUCGGUCGGAUGAUGUCGGAGCCCUUGCUCAUACAGCACGCCUACUCCAGAGUGGACUCCGGCGCGUGUUGGGUGAGAGGAAUGUCGCUCGAAAUGCUCAAAACCAAGCUGAGCAUUUACUGGCCGAAGCAAACGCAUCUCCGUUUCGCAGGGCAGCUUCUCCAGCUCAACCGAUGCAAGUGGACGCUCUCCGCGCUCGGGAUCAGCACAUUUUGUAUCUGCAGUACGAAAUAGGUCAGCGGGAUUUGCAAAUUCAACAACGAGCGGAAGAAGUCCAACAGUGUCGGGCGGAAAUUGAGACUGUCCGAGCUCAACGAACAUCUGUUCUGGAUGAGCUGCAGCUCAUAAAAGAUCAGUUAUUGAAAGCGAACGCAGAGAAUGACUCUUUGCGGGAGUCUAUAGACAGCCAAAGGAAAGAUGCGGAGAACCGGUUAAAAACGCUAUCAAAAGAUGACGAGAUAUCGAAAAACCUGGAUAUGAUUGAGAGUUUGACCAAAGAAAAGGAACAUUUUAAAUCCGUGUCAAAAGAGUUACAAAUUCGCCUUCAGGAGGCAACAGAUUCGAUUAAUGAUGCUGCGACAGAACAUCUUCGAUUAAAGAAACAAAUUGGCGGAUACGAAAAGAUCGUUGCUGAUUAUCGCCGAAACUCAUCGCAGUUACAAACGAUUCCUGUGAGUACUAAUUCUGUUGCCAUUCAAACCGAUCCAGUCGCAGACGUGGAAGCUCAAGAGCAACUGGACGCCCUUAUUUCCGUGGUUAAUGAUCGUGUUGAGGAAUGGAAAGUUUUACUACAAAAGCGCACCAAUGCAGCGAGCGCAGCUGACGAGCGCAGGCUAAUGAGCGUGGAAAAAGAUGCCAUCACCAAACUUCAGAAUCUUAUCCAGCGGCGGAAUCAGGAAGUGGAUGAUCUUCGCAACAGCCUCGCCGUUGCUGUGGAGGAAAUUGAUGAUGCCGCUAAGAUUAUUGCCGAAAUGAGGUUGCGUGAAGGUCAGCUGGAAGAAAAUCGUCAACGAUUGUUGCAAGCCGAAUAUGAAAAGGAUUACCGUGAUAUUGCCAAUAUGCACCGACAUGUGGAUAAUUUGGAAAACGAGCUUGAAAAAUAUAAUCGAGAGAACCGAGAAUUAACUUUGCAGUUAAAACGAUACGAAAAGGGCACGUACGGGCUUCCGGAAGCGAUUUCGGAAAUUAAUGAAACCAAAAAGCAACUUGCCGCUCGCGAAAAGUACAUCAAGGACUUGGUUAUUCGACUCAAUAGUCUUACAGCCGAAAAUGAUGUAUUACGCUCGGACAAGCGGCUAAUUUCUCCUGCCCACCGAGCUCCGGAUGACAUGGAGAAAAAUGGCUUAUCUGGUGCUGGUCACGAUCGCUUGACUGUCGAAGCCUUCUUGAAACAAAUUGAACAGUUAGAAGAAGAACGGAUGUACUUGCGACAGACAAUCGCGAAUUUAAAGCAGCAAUAUUCCCGUGGUAAUGAUGGUGAUAGGCAUGUUAACAUCAGCAGUCAUCAGAAGGGGAAUCCAGAAGAUUAUAAUGAUUUGGAUAAUUCUGCAUCCAACAACAUGGUCCACAAAAUGUCUGGCAUUAGUGAUGAACUUCGAAGUGCACGAGAAGAAAAUCAGCAACUGGAAAACUGUAUGCGGGAAAUCCUUAACGCUGUGCGCGAUGCACGAAUUCGUGGCAGUGCCGGAGAAAAAAUUGAAUUGUACAUUCCUUCUCUGGAAAAGUUGCUGAUUGUCAUGGAAGUACGUUCUCGUGCUACUUCGGUUCGUAGGAGCGAGCGAACGAGGGCCGGAUUGGAUAGCGCAGUCUAUUCAGAAGCUGACGACGGCGUGAUCGAAGAAAGUGGGGAUGAUGGCACAGAAAGCGGGAAGAUUUACGAUCGAGGUGCUUCGUCCAUUGUCCGAGAAGUUUGGCGAUUGAUAACUGAUUAUGCCGGCGAGCUUGAACAAAGAUUAAAGUCUUCUAAGGAAUCUCAGGAGUCCGCAAAAGUGGAUGCUUUACAUGCCGAAGAAAUUUUAGGCCGAUUGAAAAACUUGGAAGGUCAAAUCAAUAUUCUGAAUCAUGAAAACACAGGAUUGCGAAAGCGUUUGGAAGAUACAGGACCGCGUACUGAUCCGGAAUCACAACUCCAGGAAGAGCUGGUUUCCCUUGGUAGUAGUCAUCGACAAGAAGUGGAUUUUCUAGUGCGCAUCAAUGCGGAUUUGCGCAACGACAUUCUGCGUAAAGACGCCAAUCUGUCAGAUCUCCGUGGCGCUUUGCAGGCUGCAAACGAACGGCUUGCGCAAAAAAUGGAAGAGCUUUCUUUGUUGCGGAGACUUUCUACGGACAAUACAAAUCGUUCGGUUUAUCCUGUAUCCGAUGCAGACAAACUGGAAAUAGCACAGUCCGCUGCGGAAAAGGAGCAACAACUGGAGCAAGGUCACCUGCGGGUGGUUGCAACACUGGAAGCCAAGAUUUUGCGGCUAGAGAAUGAACUAAAGAUAUAUGAUGAAGAACGGCAGAAAGACCGGGAUGAAUUGGUCUCUGUUUUAGAGAAAAACGGACGACAGGUGCAGUUGGAAAUGAAUUUGCGAGACCAAAUUGCUCGACUUAGCAGCGAUGUAGAUUAUCGAGAGAAGCGAAUUGAGCUGCUUACCGCGCAACUAGCAAAUUCCGACAGCGAAAUGCGAGAAAUUAAGGAGUCCAAGAUCGUCAGCGAAAACAGUUUGCGACAUGAAAUCGAGCAAGUUGAAUCUCGCUAUAACGGUCUUUUGGCCAGAUCAGAACAGGACAACCGGCAGAUGGCAAAAGAACCUGUGCCCUCUGAUUCAAGCAGAACUUUCGUGCAAACGGGACCGUUACCACCGACUAGACCACUUUUAGUGUCCGACGAUAUCAGUUUGACGGAUAAGCUCAGAGUUCAAGUUCAUGAAAAAGACCGGGAGCUUAAGACCUUGGCUGCGGCAUUCCAGAAAUUUAAGGAUGAAAUGUUGAAUUUCCCUCCGCCAGACAAGGAUUUGGUUGAUAACCUUACCACACAAAAGAAAGAAAUCCAGGGGAUGUUGAACGAAUCAAGAGAAUCCAAUGCACGCUUGGCUGCCCAAGUCAGGAAAACGAAACUGGAAGAAGAACGUUUAGUAAUUGAACAAGAAGGAUUGCGCAGUGAAAUCCGUCGUCGUGACGGUCAGCUACGACGAUACGAAGAAUUGAAUGACCAGCUAAAUGUUCGUAUUGAUGAUUUGGAAACCGCACUGGAAGCCUUCCAAAAACCCGAUGAUUUGUCCUCUGCGGUGGAAUCAGUGCCGCUGCUGGAAGAGAAAAUUGCGCAGCUAGAAAACGCUCUUGCUCGAGCUUCAGUGAACGAACAGGCCAAUACUAUGAAGCCGGAAGUGUUGCGCUGGCAGGAGAAGAAAAAAUGGGAGAAAACCGUGGAUAAAUUGAAAGAUAAAGUGAAGGAGACGGAAGAUGUCCUAAUAUCCGUUGAGCGAAACCUUAGCAUGACGCACGAUGCAUUAUCCCGGUCGGAAAGAGAACGUGCUGCCAUGGAAAAGAAAAUGGUGACUCUUACCAAAAAGGUGGCUGAUCUCACACAGCAACCUGCAUUUUUUCAACGAGCACUUGAGGAAUCGCAUAAAGAGACGGAGCGAUUAAAGUCUGCAAUUGACAAGUUGGAAAAGGAGAACAAAAGAAUGGCAGAUCAAGUUUCGAAACUGCAGAAGCGGGAAACUGUGCAUCUGACUUCCCUUGAGGACCUAAACGUCAGACAUCAAAAACUUGUGUUAGUUAAUGAAAAGUUGAAGGCAGAAAAUGCUAAUACUACGAAUCAGUUGAAAGAAGCUCAAGAGAAGGAGGAACAAAGACUGCAGUAUCUCGCGGAUAAGGAGAAUAGUACAGUUCCCGAACCUCCUUUGGCUGAGAUUACGAAGAAUCCUGGUGAAAUCUUAAAAGCUGUGGAAGCUAUGAAAUCGGUCAUUAACGAGCAGCAGGUGGAAUUGAAACGGUUGAAAUCGCACAAUUCCACUAUGAAGAACAAAAUAAAAAGACUCGAGGAGGAGAAAUUUACCUAUCAGAUGAAUAUUGCACCGGUUGAUGCCGCUGAAGACACCAAACGCACAUUAAAUUCUUUGGUGUCUGAAAACAACAAACUGCAGCAUGACAUUAAGAAAUUCAGGGAUGAUAAAGACGUUAUUCGAGGAAAAAUGAAUCAAGCGGGUGUGGUCAAAAAUAUUUUGGAACGGCGCGUUUUGGAAUUAAUGGAAGAAAAAGACGAGAUGUUAAAUAGAAGACACCCCGAAGUGAAAGCAAUUGAAAGAUUAUUAGAAAAUAAAAUGUGGGAUUUAUCAGCUGAAGCUGAAAAGUGGAAGUUUGUAGCUUUAAAAGCAAACGGUGGAAAAAUUUCUGGAGAGUACCAAGUCCAAAACUAUGAAAAUAUAAUUAAGGACAACAUCGUUCUGAAAGCGGAGACGAAACGGCUGAAGACGGCAAUGGCCUUAAAAGAGCAGGAAAUCGUCAAGAUGCGGAAGCGAGUGGAAGAAGUAACUCCAUCAAACUAUGUUGAGCUGCAAGGUCUCCGAAAAGUAUACGGUGAUGCAGAGAAACGGAUUGCUGAAUUGGAAAUACAGCUGUCCAACAUCAUCGAUAGUUCUCCAAGAGGGAGAUGCAAUUAAGAAUUAAACUUACUUUAAACUAUUUCUAGGUUAGAAAAAUUGUGUAAUAUGAAAACCUGUGUUUCUGUUAAUUUCGUUUGAUCUCGCUGCAGUUUGUGAUGUUUGCAGUUCAUUUCGCAUUUUAUUUAUGUCAAGCUUUGUUGCACUUUAAAAUUGUGUUGGAAUCUGUUUUUUUUAAUAAAACUGUUAAACUUUU